UCGGGCUCGGCGAGAGAGAAAAGCAAAACAAUCCUUUUUAUCCCUUUUUACCGGCUGCUUUUAGGGUCCGUAGUGAAAUACACUCUCGGCAGGGAGUCGUAGUCCACACAAUACUGUUAAAUGCAUCUUAUCCCGCUCAGCACUAAAAUCUACCGACAGCUGGUGAUUUUGCUUUAGUUACAUUUGAUCCAGGUUGAAAAUGACUUCCAAACGCCUUCUCGAGCAGCCUCGAGCCGGCGACAGCACGCACGAGGGGGGCUGCGCCGGGCAACGAGAGCCUGUCACUGGAAAAGCGUUUAAAACGAACGCGCUGCAUGAAGGUGCUUUAAGGAAUUUCGGCAAGGAAAUCUCUCCAAACGGACAUUAUUAUACCUCAACGAGAGAGAGGCACUACAUUCAUAAAAAAUUUGCAUGUGGCAGAGAAGAGGAUGAACAGAUCUCAGGUGGGGUCCUUAAACAUGGCUGCCCUGCUCAUCGCCUGAUCCUGAACGGCAUCAGGCUACAAGACCAAACCCACAUGGAGGCUCGGAGCCCAGUGAGAGGGCCUGGAGAGCCAGGAUGUCGCCUGCCAUCUCCUGAGACACCACAUCCGCAGACGUCCUCCAUCAUCCCCGUCCCACAUGACAGGAGGCCUUCUGGUCUUGCUGAUAAAGAGGUGUUGGCCGCCACCGUCCUGACCACGCUGUCCACCAGCCCGUUGGUGCUCAACCCUUCCUCCAGUGCCUCAGGUGCAGAUUUGGCUGGUAAGGGCUGGAAGGAGAGCCUGUCUGCCAGCUACAGCAGCUCUACCAGUGGGAACUGGAGCUGGGACGCCAGCGACCAAUCAGUGCCCUCCACGCCGUCCCCGCCCCUCUCCAACGAUGCCGGCAAGAGCUUCCUGCUUUCCUCCCAGAGUGAUGACAACAUUGAGGAAACCGAGAGUACACACUUCCUGUUCGAAGACCCCAUCCCCCGAAAAAGAAAGAACUCCAUGAAGGUGAUGUUUAAGUGUCUGUGGAAGAACUGUGAAAAAGUCCUCAGCACUUCCUCAGGGAUCCAGCGCCACAUCCGCACCGUCCACCUGGGGCGAAAUGGAGAUUCGGACUACAGCGAUGGCGAGGAGGAUUUCUACUACUCUGAAAUCGAGGUGAACAUGGACACUCUUUCGGAGGGGCUGUCCAACCUCACGCCCACCUCUCCUACUACAUCCGGCCCGGCCCCCGUCUUCCCCGUCUUGACUUGUGAUGUGUCUCGAUCUGAGCCCACCCACAUGAUUCACACCCCACUCAGCCAGUCAGCACCAUCGGCGCUGUGCCAUAUCCGCACUGACCACGCUUACCAGGCUACAACCCCUGUCAGCAUUCCCAGCAUGCCCUCUGAACCGCCUCACAGUGAGGAUAGGAUUAGUGUAUCCUGGCAGUCGCCCCCUGUCAUAUAUAAAGGUCUACCGGGCCCGAUGACUCAAAUCCGCACUGUUAGCAUCGGUGAGAAGAGACAGCCUGUUAACCACACCACUGUCAGCAAAACACACACCAACACCACCUCCACUUCCAAACCCACUACUGGAACCAGGAAACCGCGUGGCGAAGCCAAGAAGUGCCGAAAGGUGUACGGCAUGGAGAAGAGGGACCUGUGGUGCACAGCGUGCCGUUGGAAGAAGGCCUGCCAGCGCUUCACUGACUGAGCUCUAUCCUUUAACCCACUUCAAAACGUGCUCUUUUAUCGCGGGUGUUCCACGGACCGAGCGCCGACGUCUCCGGAGUGAACUUCAUGAGCUGAGGCACGUGGCAUUUUCAAUGUCGCUGAUUCCUCUAGGCCACAAGGGGUGCUCUUUUCCUACCGCUUUCAUAGUGGAACACUGAGACUUUUAUUCAGAAAAAUAAAAACCUGAUAAAAAGCAAAAAAGAGAAAAAGAUUUAGAAAAAAAGCUUUCGCUGCAUUGCGUAUUAAGGCAAAGAGAAGUUGUUUUCUUAAGUAAUCCAGAAACAAAACAUUCAAAGCAGAUUUUUCAGGCAGUCUAUUAUGCUUUCAUGUUUUGUGUGCGUUCUCUGGAAUGCAGCUUACGAUUUUCCAUGAUUUUAAGUGUGGCAGACUUUAUACAUAGCAGUUUUUACUGUUAAAAAAAUUCUGUAAGCUAUUUUUGAUGGGUAUUAUUGAGUAUUUUAAACAGUUAACCCUCCUAAACCUGGUUGCGCUUACCGAGCGACUCAAAUUCACUUAUACAGACAUCAUUUAAGCGUUUUUGGACUUGGCGCUUCGUUUUGCCUACAAGCACUUUUUAACAGCCAUUUCUAUAUUUUGAUCAAGCAGAGUGCAGUUUAGCGCGUCGAAUCUUUUUAGCAAGUAGUCAAGAACUGUUUCAACACACUUUGCUAAAGUAAUACCUCUAAACAAGAAUGAGCCUUUCAGAGAGAGCCUUUAGUGCACUUCAGCGCGAGUAGUUGUAGUGCAGGAAUGUAAAAAUGGCCUCUCUCUGCGCUAACGCACCCAAACUAUUCUGUCCCUCACAGAUCAACUGCCUCUUCAUAAGCUAUGAGGUUUAUUCCCGUCAGUCCGCAGUAUUAAUUCAACGGCAGGCACUUUAACCGGCCACACUUUAGAUUUAACCGACAAUCUGCUGUCAUCCCAACAGGACAUCCCAGUCUAAUGUGAUCCAUAAAUCGAGUGUUUUCCACACAAACGCAAAUUCAGGCCGCAUUAUGCUUCCUAAGGAAUUAUUUGCUUCUGGAUAUUACUCACGUAAAGGAAACGCUUGCUCUGAUAACGUGUACAGGUCUUCCACUGUGCUUUCUUGUCGUAUCGAGGUGAUCUUGUGAUGUCUUCAUGUAAACAGACACACGCGGCUGGUGUGCACUGUGCUGUCUGACCCUAUCAGUAUGCGCGAAGGAGCUCUGAGCUGUUACACUGCAAAUUGUGAUUUAUUGUAUAUUUUUGUCCUGUAUACAAAUAUUUAAACAUGCUUAGAUCAAGGUACAUCUACUUGAGAAGGAAAAUGACUUGUUUUCUGAAACAGUGUAACAAAAUUAAGUGACUUUAUGCUUAAAACAAGAACAUUUUGAAUUGUUUCAAAUUUCAAAAUUCAAAUUUAAAAUAUUUAAAUUAUUUACAUUUAAAACGUCAUUUUUUUACAUUUAAAUGUACAUGUGUCUACUUGAGAAUAAAAAUGACUUGUUUUCUGAAAAAAUGUAACAAAAUUAAGUGACUUUUUGCUUAAAGCAAGAACAUUUUGAAUUGUUUAAAAUUGCAAAAUUCAUAUUUAAAAUAUUUAAAUUAUUUAAAUUUCAAAUGUAUUUUUUUUUACAUUUAAAUCAAAAUGUAUGUACUUGAGAAUAAAAAUGUCUUGUUUUCUGAAAAAAUGUAACAAAAUUAAAUGACUAAAUGUAUUUCAAAAUUCAAUUUUUCAAUUUUAAAAUGUAUGUAAUUUUUUUUUUACAUUUAAAUAAAGAUAUAUCUACUUGAAUGAAAAUGACUUGAAUAAAGUAACAAAAUUAAGUUACUUUAUGCUUAAAACAAUAACUUUUUGAAUUGAGUUUAAAAUUUAAAAUGUAAAAAUUCAAAUUUAAAAUGUAAAAUGUUUUGAAAUUAUUUAAAUUUUAAAACUAUUUUUUGCAUUUAAAUCAUGAUAUAUCCACUUGAGAAUGAAAAAAUGUUUUUUUUUCUGAAAAAAUGUAACGGAUUAAGUCACUUUAUGCUUAAAACAAUAACGUUUUGAAUUCAGUUUAAAAUUUCAAAAUCCAAAGUUUAAAUUCUAAACUCAAUUUUAAACUUUCAAAUGUCAAAAUUAAAAUGUAAAAAUUAAAAUUAGUCCACUGACAGAUAUUUUUUCUUGUUGUAAGCAUAUACUCACUUGCUUUUGUUACAAAAAUGGAAAAAAUUCAAAUUUAAACUUUAAAAAAUAAAAAUUAUUAAAAUUAUUAAAAUUAAAUUUAAAAUGUAAAAUUAUUUUUCUUACAUUUAAAUCAAAAUGUAUCUACUUGAGAAUGAAAAUGACUUGUUUUCCAAAAAAAUGUAACAAAAUUAAGCGACUAUGCUUAAAACAAGACUGUUUUGAAUUGUUUAAAAUUUUAAAUUUCAAAUUUCAAAAUUCAAAUUUAAAUUAUUUAAAUUUCUAAUGUAAAAUUUUGAAAUUUUAAAUUUCAAACGUCAAUUUUAAAUUAAUUCGUAAUUAUAUUUUUUCUUGUUAUAAGCAUAUACUCACUUUUGUUACAAAAAUGUCAAAAAUCUAAUUUAAAAAUGUACAAAUUAUUUAAAUUAUUUUUUACAUUUAAAUCAAGGUAUAUCUACUAUAUGACUUGUUUUCUGAAAAAAUGUAACAGAAUUAAAUGAUUUAAAUUUUAGAUUUAAAAUUUUAAAUGUCAAAUUUAAAUUAAAAUGUACAAUUUUAAAUUAGCCCACUGACAGGUUUUUUUUUCUGGUUUUAAGCAUAUACUCACUUACUUUUGUUACAUGUUUUCAUAAAAUCUAAGUAAAUGUAUCUUAAUUUAAGAAUGUUUGAAUAUUUGCACUGGAAAACAAGACUUGCAGUGAACCCAUGAAACACUGUCAUUGGAUGUUUGAAUGUGAUCUGUACCUUAAAGGGACAGUUCACCCCAAAAUGAGCUUUCUGACAUCAUCUACUCUCCCUCAAAUCAUCUCAAACCUGCUUGACUUGUGUGAAACAUGGAAAGAUAUUAUAAUAAUGUUUUUUGUCUAUACAUUUGAAGUCAGAGGGGUUUACAAACAACACUCGAAAAUCACCAGACAAAAAUACCAGAGAUGCUGUAUUUGUGUUUCACAAAUGUCAAAAAGUCACACAGGUAUUGAGGAAUGAUGAGAAUUUGUGCUAACAAAAUACCUUCCCUUUAAGGUAUGUAUAAAGCAGUCGUUCAAACAUGCCAUUUUUCUUCUACAACAUUUAAUUAUUCCUUAAAAAAAAAACUCUAAUUCCAACCCAAACUGAUAGCAUUUAGUUUCCAAAUAUUUUACAGUAAUAAAACCAUGUUUCAGCUUUCAUCAAACCAAACAAAACUGCCAAUCGAACUGUAGCUCCCAAAAAAAAAAAAAAAAAAAAAAAAAAUGUAGCAGUUUAACUAUUAACAAUGGCAAUCAAAGAAACAGUCUGGCAAGUGCGUAAUUGCCAAUCAAAUAUUAUCCAAUCACAGCUUAGAGCAGGUUUGUCUUCUCUUUAGCAGUGGUCAGAAAGGAAAGAGCGUCCCUCUCAUAAUCAUAACUUUCACUAAGUGCCAAUGAGAAGAACAAGAGGGAAAAAAUAUAAUUGCACUAACUUGUACUGCACAAAACGUAUAUUUUUAUGUACCUUUUUUUUAACGCAGAAAUUGAAGUUUUUAAAAAGCAAAUGCUUAAUGGUUGUCUGGCGACCGCCAUGGGUCUCUCGUCGGGUCAGGGAUGGGGUCUUUUCGCUGACCCUGCAACUAUAAGCUUACGUGGCGGUACUUUGCAGCGUCGUGCUGGUUUGGGCCUCGCAGUGCGUGACGGCGACGGUGACGUUGACUUUCUCGCCGACGGUCACGUGACUGCAGGUGACUAUCAUUCAGGCUUGUUUUUUUUAGGGAACGUCACUGUCUCGAUUUCAAAUAAAGAUCAUUUCCUAUGUGCAACAGUGUGUUUUUAUCCAUAGGAAAAGAGUUGGAUUUUAGCCGUCAAAAAAUCAGGCAGUGAUGCGUUUAUCAAUUUCAUGGCUUUGAUAAUACGAAUUCAAAUCCAGAAUGCCUUUUUGUUUUUAAAGUUCACUGUAGUGAAUAUAACGUGUAUAUAUUCAUUGUAUAUUUUGGGCUGAGGGGAAACGGGGGAGAAAAAAGAAGCAUCAACGAAUGUAAAAUCUACAAAAUGAAACGCCUGUAAUCUGAGUUUGUUUUAUCGGCUGUCUCAGACAAAUUUCUUUCUCAGUUUUCUUUCAUAUCAAGUAGUUAGAACCACUCAGUGUUUUUUUUCUUUCGUUUCAUUUUCAUUUGGCGCUUGCAUUGAUGCGUUUUCAUUGUUUUGUGGAUAAGAGAGUGUGUACAUCAAGGCGUAUGUACUAUAGUGAGGCAGGAGGGACGUUACUAUGUGGAUCAUUGCGUCAUUCUGCCCUGCACAUUCCGAUAGAUGAUUUUACGUUAGUUCGUCUGAGCCUUUGUCUAUCCGUUCCCCGCUAUUCGAUAUACUUCACUGACUGCCUGUUGCUUUUUCGGCCAGGAUAUUAAGCUAAACACCCAAGAAAAUGUGUAAAAACUCCACUUUCUUUCUUUGUAACAUUUUCGGAAUGUUUCAGUGUUCAUAAAGCAUCAUCAUCAUCAUAAUAAUCCUACUAUUCAGUACAGCUGUAACCAUCAUACGACUCUCUUUUCAGAACUCUUUCAGCCUUGUUUAACUGUUGAGGUCUUGUCAUUGUGUCAAGCCGUUUCUUUCUUUUUUUUUUCAUUGUUCUUCUUUGGUUGAAAUUUGAUGCAUGUCUUGUAUCAUCUUUGUACUAUCUUGCUUUAUUGGAACCAUUAUUGUUUUUCAGAAGUUGACAGUGACGUGUCUAGAGUUGAGUGAAUGAACGAGAGGAUGGAGGUGUUUCUGGUGUUGACUUUUAGUUGGUUGGUUGGUUGGUUGGUGAUGAGAGUGUGAUUUCUGUGGCUGUAAUGUGGAGAUUGAAAUAAACAUGGAUUUCAAAAAGA